AUGGCGAGCCAGCAAGUGCACGAAAGCUUCGAGCUUGGCAACCUCGAUCCUGACAACUCCGCUGGAGGUUCAGGAGGGGAUUCAGCUUCCGAGAACCAGGCGCUACUCCAAAAAAGAGGAAGUUCUACUGACAUUGCCACCGGCUCUGAGAAGCAGAGCAGCGGCUUCCGUCAAGCCAUUGAAUCCUUUUCGAACCUGUUCGGUUCCGCUGACCAGUCCAAGAUCACUGUUCACAGGACUCGCAAUGGAGAGGUCGACGUAGAAAGACUGGUGCACGAUCUUAACUCUGCACUCCCCGAAGGUGUCUCAGUUCAGGUUCAUGAAGAAAUGACGUAUCGGCCUCCCGUGACAGAGGCUACUGCACGGGGAGAACAAGAUGGUGAAGCGGCAACGGCGGACGGCACGACUCUGCUCGAUCUAUUCAAAGACGGUGCUUGGACGACGUGGAAGCUUUUACGAUCUGUUCAUAGCCAAGAUGCUCGAGACAGUUGGGUGUUUAGUGCUUACGAUCGUGGGGCAGACUGCAUCUACGAGAGUGGAAACCCUUGCGUUACAUUGGCAAGCUUGGGAGCCUCCGCGGGAUUCUUCGUCUGUGUCCCGGCUCUGAUAUGUUGUCCAUGUGUACCUUGCCCAGAUUGCUGUUGCGGUCAAUGUGAGGACGCGCUGCAGGACUGA